GGCAAUGCCACUUUUGCACUUUAAUUUUCGGACUGGCUGGAUGUGAAAGAUUUUCGCUCGAUUCAAUAAGCAGCAAAGAGUAUCUAAUUUGUGCAGUUUUCGAAAUCAUUCGACGACAGUUUUCAUCAAUAUGUCACAGAAAGAUAUAUAUUAUUCAGACAAGUAUUAUGACGAUGUUUACGAAUAUAGGCAUGUUAUGCUACCAAAAACGAUUGCCAAGUUGGUGUCAAAAGAUCGGACGAUGAAAGAGGAAGAAUGGAGAAGAAUUGGAGUUCAGCAAAGCCAGGGAUGGGUACACUACAUGUCCCAUAAGCCAGAGCCUCACAUCCUUCUCUUCAGAAGACCACACCACAAGCCACUACAGGAGGUACAGAAUUUGUGAUCUUGGAACAGCUUGACAUUUGUUUUGUAAAUCAACCAGGAUGGGUUCUGUGAUCUCCAAGCAAUACAUACACACAGAGCUCCAACACACCCUGUGCACUCCAUGUAAAUACUAAACUUGUAAAUAGAUUGGAUGGUUCAUGUGGCUAUGGAAGUGCUAGCUGCAUGGACAGUGAUGACAAGUGUGAAUUCAACAUUUGUAUGACUAGUUGAACAUCAACUCCACCAGCAGUCAAUGGGACUCGGUCUGGACAACGAUAGUUAUUUAUUCAAUUGACGUACUAAGGGCUGACGCUUUGUCAAUGUUUGAAAACUUUUGUUACAUUCAUUUGUGUUUUGUUUUGUUUCAUAAUGCUAAACUGUCAUCAACAAAUUGGUUAUCAGAAAAUUUCUUUAAAAAAAAUGGAAAAUUCAAAAGAAAUUUGUGUAAGAUUCCUAUCUUUAUUUUAAUGUGGUUUUAAAAAAACUAAGGAAUAUAUAUUUCAUAAUCAUUUAGUUGAUUUUUUCUUUUGAUUGGUUCUUGGUACUUGGGUAGAUCAUUACUGUUCAUGGACAGCUUUAUCCCUUAACAGUGAACCACUGACCAAUGCAAGGUCAGUUAAAAAAAAAUCACCUGAUGAGGACCUGUUUUUAAAAGUUUCUCCAAGUGGUCCGGCUGGCUAGUUCAUUGUUGAAAAGCAUCCUGUUCGGUACGAAAUGCAGACUACAAUAAUGUGGAAUAGUGAAAUAGCAUGUGGACUUGUCGUAUAAGAGCAAAUUCUGUGUUCAUUUUUUCCCCUUAAAAUUACUCAGCUUAUAUUUUGCAAGGCAGUUUUUGAUAGGGCAGUUAUUGCAAUCAGUGUACAUGCCAUGUUUACUUUUGCUUUUCCAUAAAGAUGACUGCUGUUAUUAAAGCUCAUUUUCAUUUGUAACUAAUAUUUCUAGUCUUUUUUCCUUCUUUUUCUUAAUAAGGUAUGAAAUUGUUCACCGAACGUUAUUGAUAGUUGGAUUCCAAAUGAAGGUUUGAUCAACCGUUGUAUUUUGAAGAAGAAAACAUUGUAGUUCAAUGUACUACUAACUUUAAAGAAAAAAGUAAUGGCUUACAAGUAACAUAAGUUGGGGUUGUCGUUUUCAAAGCAUUUAGUGUACUGUAUGCUUUUAUUAGCUCUUCUUGGUACAAUAUGGUGUAUUUUUAGUUGUAUGUGAUCUUAACUCAAAUUAAUCAUUCCUUUGUUUGGGGGUAAUAGUUAUAAGUAAAAAUAAUUUAAACCAAGAAGGUAAUAAUUAUGUAGCAUUCUUUUGAGGACGAUUUAGAAACUAAAGGUCUCGGUUGAGCUAUUUCCAAAAAGAAUGGUUACAUUACUUUACAAUAUUGUUGGUGUAAGUAUAGGCAUGAAUAAAAAUAAAAGCUGAAAUAAAUUGUGGAGUAUCCCUAAAUGCAAGAACAAUGUACAUGUACAGUGCCAGGAAAACGGGCACUUCCAUUUGGAAAAUCCUAAAGUAUGGGAAAGAUUUGAAGGGGCACAAUGAAAGGCCAAGGCAACGGAGGCUAUGACCCCCGUGGAAUUCCAGGCCAGCACUGUACAAUGUAUACUUUCUGCAAGGAAAUAUUCAAUUAAUUUUCUCAAGUUGACCACAUUUCAGACAAUCUCAGGACAGCCGGCAUUAAUAACAAGCAAUGUCUAUCAUCCAAACAGUCAAAUGUUCUAAAUCUACGCCUGGGAAAAGAUUAAGUAUUAAGACAACAAGUUAUUAUUUUGCACCUAGGCAUUCAUAAAUUGAAAUUGUGUUUAAUUUGCUUUAGUUUGAUGUUUUUAAUAACAAUGCAUAUUGAUUGUAUAAUUCAA